AUGCAGCUGGACACGGAGGAGAAUGUAAGUGGACACAUCCAAAAUCUCCUCUCGCAUCUCCAUAAUGAUACAGAACGAACAUCGAAGAGCCGCAGCCGUGGAGGAAAUCAAAUACUCCCUGCUCAGGAGAAUUUGGAAGAGGAAGAGGAAGAGGAACAGGAGCAGGAAACACCUGACGAAGAAAGGGAGGAAGAAGAGGUGAGAGAGGGACAAGUGGAAGAGGAAACAGAGGAGGAGAAGGAGGAGGAAAGGGAACAAGCACGAGGUGGCGGCCGCAGAGGUAGUAAGACAGAGAGCAGUGGGCAUAAAAUAGGUAAAGUAGUGAUGGAGAAGACGUUGGCGAGAGUGGAUAGAGAGAGAAGCGAUAGCUUGGAGAAGAGUUUAGAGGAACAGAUGAAGAGGAAAAGAGAAGUAUUAGGAAAUGAUUCGGUAGAUGAGGCGGAAAUUUUUAAAAGAAGCAAGAAGUUGGGGAGAUUGCCGAUAGGAAAGGGAUGGAAUGAGGAAUUGAAAGAGUUAGUUAGGGAGUUGAAGGAAGAAGUGAAAGAGGGAUUGAAAGAGGUGAAAGAGGAGAUAAAGGAGAUAGCGGAUGCUCAAAAGGAAGCGGUGAGAAUAGAAGUAGAGAAGAUGAAAGAGAAUCUGAAGAUGAGAGAGAAGAGAUGGAACAAAGAGAGGGAGGAGUUAAAAGAGAAGAUUGAGAAGAUGGAAUGGGAGUUAGAGGGAUUAAAGAUAGAGAGGAUAGAGGAAGGCAGAGGAAAGGAGAGGGAGGAAAGUGAAGAACGAUUGUUGGCAGAGAGGCUAAGGGAGGAAGUGGAGGAAAAGAGAUUGAUACCAGAGGUGGAUACCACGAAUCAGAUAGGAGGAGAUUAG